UUUGCAGAUGGACAGGCUGUUUCCAGCAGUGGAACAUCUGAUCUUUAUUUUUCAUUAUAUAAUUUUAACUAAUUUAACAACUCAGACUGAAGGUAAACGUUACCAUCAUUUGUGAUCCUUUGCGAUCUGAAUAUAUGUAUGUCUGUGUGUGUAUGUGCACACACACAUGAAUUGUAGAGAGGGAGCUCUUGGGAAGGACCUUGUGUCCAUGAACUAGAUGAGAACACACACGGGGCAGUAAAUGCCAGGAAAAGUGGGUGGUGUAACAGACAGAAAGGCAAAAACGUGGGUCUGUCAACGAUACAACGUUUGUGCAUUUAUCUGAUCACGAUGGAUUUUCGAACAUGGAAUUUUAUCUUGUUUGCACUGCACAGCAGCUACCUCCUGAUCAACGCCGGCCAGACAGUUUUCCCAGAUCAUUCACAAGCCAACACUGUCUUCCUGCGGCCUAAACGGGCCAAUUCGUUCUUCCUGGAGGAGAUCCUAAAGGGUAACCUGGAAAGAGAGUGUUACGAGGAGAGAUGCAACAAGGAGGAGGCCAGAGAGGUCUUUGAGAACAAUGAAAAAACAGACGAAUUUUGGGCCAUUUACUACGAUGGAGACCAGUGUAAAACCAACCCCUGUCAAUAUGGAGGCACCUGUAAAGACACAAUAGGAGGCUACAGCUGCAAGUGCACAGACACGUACAGCGGGUUAAACUGUGAAAAGGAUGUAUCCCAGUGCCCUUUUGAGGGCCCUUUGGCUUGUGAACAUUACUGCAAACCCAUGCAUGGAUCUUACCGGUGUUUCUGUGCCAAGGGCUACAGCCUUCACAGUGAUGGCAGGAGCUGCAUACCUCAGGUUCAGAACCCCUGUGGGAACCUGCGAAUCUCCUCUGAGAGAUAUGCCAAUCGAAACAAGAGCGAAAAUGAACUCGACAAGAUCUGCUCCCAAGGACACUGUCCAUGGCAGGUGACCUUUGUGGAUGGCAAUGGUGGUGUGGUCUGUCAUGGCGUGAUCCUAGGAAAGAGGUCUGUACUUACAACAGCUAGAUGCAUGACAACAGACAAAGACCUUUACAUAGUUUUUGCGGGCCAUUCGGAUGAAAAAAGGAACGCUUCACAGGCCACCAAAUGGACUCUUCAUAAGAGGUACACACUAGGUCAGCCUGAUGAUGACUUGGCUUUCUUGGAGCUAAAAGAGCCAAUCACCCUUGGUCCAGACACUGUAUCCCUCUGCCUCCCAGAGAAAGACUACAGCGAGAACAUCUUGAUGAAGACCGGCAGAGAAGGUGUCGUGGUCUAUGGUGCCAGCCAUCCCUCAUAUCUUUCACUGGAAGACUGCCAAGAUAAACUCAACCUGACAUUCUCUCUGACCAAUAAGAUGUUUUGUAUGGAAGAGCAAGAACCCAAGAGUGGCGGUAUGAGAUCACGUUCCCAGAAGAGAGUCCAGUGUGAUCUCAAGUCUGGGACUCCGGUUGCUACAGUGGAAGGAAACACGGCUUUUCUGACUGGACUAUCUCUGUCUCAAAAUGACUGUAAUCAGGGACUUGUGUUCACCAAAGUCUCCAGAUACGCUCACUGGAUUCGCCAACUCCUGUUGAGGUCUGAGGCAGAGCAAAGAUGAUGUUUGAAGCCAGAAGUAUCCCACUGUUAUGACUAUAAAAAUAAAGUACUGAGUAAUUUUA